AUGACGACUCGAGCGGAACGCAUGCAACAGCGCAUGCGCGGUGCGGGACAUGGCCAAGUCGAGGAUGUCUCAUUUCAAUUGGACUUCGGCGACGACCUCACGAGCGAAAUCGAUACCCAGACGAGCCCGGAGCAGCCGCCACCCCGAACAACGCCGACUCCGAACACAUCUGCGAAGCGAAGGAAACUGGACACCGAUGCCGCGCGAUCUCUCCUGCCUGCACCGGCCGGUAUCAGUCAAGCGCGACAGUCACCCGGCAAACCAGAAACCCAAGAAUUGGAGGAGGGGUCGUCGAUGGAAUCUGCGCAGCCCGCAGCGGAGCUGCCAAACACAAGUCCGACUACAAUCAUAGAGGAGGAAGACCCGGACACUGUCGAGUCUUUGCCGCCCCCGAGGCCGGUCAUACCCGCGCCACCGAUCUCGCCCGUGAACCGGAGAGCCGCAGCGGCCAAUACCGAAGUCGAGGAGAGUCCUGCCGAUGCACCAGGAAGCGGCCGACGCCGUAAGAUCACGAGCAGUGCUUUGGCUUCGAGCGCUAGAUUACAGGAUGCUUUAUCUCCAGGAGAUAACGAAACUGAGACGGUACCCAUUUCAUCACCUCUCGUCAGCAAAGUUCGAAGGACCACGAUCGGUACGCGCAGGUCGACAAGCAGCCGCGGGAGCCGCAACUCUGGUGCAUCUGUGGCUGAAGAUGCCGACGAGUUAUCACCUGAUGGUGCCGGGAAGUCUGGUGGAAGGACUCUGUCUCCUGAAUUAUCAUCACGGCACGAAACACAAGCAGAAGAAUCCGUGGCACACUCCGAUGAACCGACAGAAGAGCCGCAACCCGAGCCUGAGCCGGAGACUGAAGUACAUUCGGAGCCAGAACCUGAACCCGAGCCGGAAUCGCUAGUAGAGGAACAGGAGCCGAGUCAGGAUCCAGAUGAGAGUGUGGCUGAAGAGGUGGACGCGAACGAGGCGGCACAACGACUGGGGCGCAAGCGGCCCCGCAGAAGCCCAAGAGGGCCGUCUGCCGAGCAGGACUCUACUCUUGUAGAUGAGGAUAACGAAGACCCCCUGCCCAAAAGGCGGAAGAAACAGACCCACGCUAGUCCGGCAAAACAAAGACAAGGAAGGCCAAAGGCAACUUCGAAAACCAAGAGUCCGCCAAAAGCCGCCCCUAAACGGAGGAAGAAAGAUUCAGAUGCGCCAGGAGGCGACGAGACUGUUGCGAUUCCAGUACAACGGUUUACGACGAAGAAGACCCAACCUGAAGGCGAGGAUGACGACGCAGACAUUCUCAAUUCCGAUAUCCCCUUCACCAGCCGUGGCGGAGUAAACACUGUGGAUGUGUUGACCACCAUGUGUGAGGAGGUCCUCGGGACGAGUCUGGAGACCCUUAAGGAGGGCAUGCGCAAUGCAGAAGACGCAGCCACAAAGAAAGAGCGUAGGGUGCAGAUGCGAGCUCUGGAAGCUUACCAGGAAGAGUUGCGCAACCGGUUUCUCCAACACACCAUUCUCCUCGACACACUCCACAACUUGCGCAAGCGGGUACGCAGUGUCCAAAAGGAGAGAAUCACCCUUCGGGACGAAAUCAUGCGCAUCCGUGCCGAACGGGACCAGGUGGCUGUCCGGAAGGAUUCCGUCAGAAUUAAGCACGACAAGGUCAAAGAGGAAGCUCUGAACCAAUUGAGCUUAUCUUCGCAGAUGCAUGACAUCGACCUGGCGGUAGAGCGAGGUCGUGCGGCGCCUGAGCUCGGCCCAGCCGAGAAGAAGACGGCGGAAUUGGCGAACCUCGAGAUUCUGAUAUCGAGGAUUACAGACCAGGCCUGUACGCAGAGCGACACAGGGGGGACGCUGAAGCAGAUCAAAGACUUCAAUGCAUUCCUAGAACGCGCCGCGGUGGCGUUGGAGGGCAGAUAG